CCUCCUUGACGUAACACUCUCCCCUCCCUCUGUAAUCCCCAACUUCUUUUAUUAGGGUUUCUCUAUACAUUUCUGAAAAAUCUCCACGAAAAUUCAUCAAAUCCAAUGGCGAAUCGAACAGAUCCAACAGCGAAGAACAUAAGAGGGACAAACCCACAAAACCUAGUAGAGAAAAUCCUGCGGUCCAAAAUCUAUCAACACACGUACUGGAAAGAACAAUGUUUUGGGUUAACUGCAGAGACUUUGGUCGAUAAAGCGAUGGAACUCGAUCACUUAGGUGGUACCUACGGUGGAAAUCGUAAGCCGACGCCGUUUAUGUGUUUGGUCAUGAAGAUGUUGCAAAUUCAACCUGAGAAAGAUAUUGUUGUUGAAUUCAUUAAAAACGAAGAUUACAAAUAUGUGCGUGUGCUUGGUGCUUUUUAUCUGCGACUUACUGGGACUGAUAUUGAUGUGUAUCGUUACCUAGAGCCUUUGUAUAAUGACUAUCGAAAGUUGAGGAAAAAACUAACUGAUGGGAAAUUCGCAUUGACACACAUGGAUGAAGUUAUCGACGAGCUCUUGACAAAAGAUUAUUCUUGUGACAUUGCUAUGCCCCGUAUUAAGAAAAGAUGGACUCUUGAAACACUUGCUGCACUUGAACCUAGAAAGAGUGUGUUGGAAGAUGAUUUUGAAGAAGAGGAAGAGCGAGAAGAGAACGAGCAACUUGAGGGAUUAGACAAUGGUGCUGAUGAACGGGACUACUACCAUGAGAGAAGUCCUGCAAGGGAAAGGGAAAGGGAAAGGGAAAGGGAUCGGGAUAGGGAUAGAAGACGUGAUAGUCACAGACAUAGGGAUCGUGACUAUGAUAGAGAUUAUGACAAAGACUAUGAUAGGGAGCGUGGACGUGGAAGAGAGAGAGACAGGGACAGAGAUAGGGAUCGCUAUCGUUUGAGAGAUGAAAGAGAUUAUGGUCAUGACCGGGAACGAGAAAGAGAAAGGGAAGGCAGGGAGCGUGAAAGACGAGAUAGGGACCGUGGCAGGCGGAGGAGUCAUUCAAGGAGCCGAAGUAGGAGUCGGGAUCGUAAAAGACAUGCCCACAGCAGUAGUCCUAAAAGGCGCGGAGAUGGAGCAGAAGAGCCGAAGAAGAAGAAGAAGAAGGAAAAGAAGGAAAGGAAAGAUGAUGGUACGGACCACCCUGAUCCGGAGAUUGCUGAAGCUAAUAAGCUCCGAGCAGCCCUUGGGUUGAAACCACUUAAAUGAUCUAUGCUCUUAAGUGUCCGGUGCUGUUACUAGCAGAUGUAAACUCUGGUAACUGUAGGUUCAGAUUCACUCUCUUAUAUCUGCUUGAGUCUUAUUAAUGCGUAAUUUCUUGUACAAUGUACAUAUUUUUAAGGGGAUGGCAUGGCAUCCAUUUUUAUUGUUAA